GCUCCUUACCAUUUUUAAGUUUUCCCUAUAAAUUUUGAAGCGGUUCUUUUUAACUGAAACAGCAAAAAUGUUGGCUCUGAUACUCGGUUCGCUUCUUCUUCUUCUUCUUUUGCUGUCUGCUCUCAUCUUCAAAUUCGCUAUUGCUGAUGGAGAUUUCACGUUAACCUCAAAGGGGCAUGUGAAGCGCGAAGAAAUUGAGGAUAAGGUUGUUUGGAUUACUGGAGCGAGCAGAGGAAUUGGUAAGAUUCUAGCUAAACAAUUAGCUGGUUUUGGUGCAAAGCUCAUUAUUUCUGCACGGAAUGAAGCUGAAUUAGAGAAAGUUAGGGAGCAGCUUAAUGGUAAACACGCACCUAAAGAUGUAAAGAUUUUGCCCCUUGAUUUGACUUCUGGGGAGACUUCUCUCAAAGAAACUGUAGAGAGAGCAGUGUCCUUUUUUCCUGAUGCUGGUAUUGAUUAUAUGAUCCAUAAUGCAGCUUAUGAACGACCUAAAACAACGGCAUUGGAUGUGACGGAGGAAGAUCUUAAGGCUACAUUUGAUGUCAAUGUUUUGGGGACCAUAUCUCUUACACGGCUGUUGGCACCUUAUAUGCUGAAGCAGGGAAGAGGUCAUUUUGUUGUGAUGAGCAGCGCUGCAGGAAAGACACCUGCACCAGGUCAGGCUGCAUACUCUGCUUCUAAACAUGCUUUGAAUGGGUACUUCCAUACUCUGCGUUCUGAGCUCUGUCAGAAGGGUAUAAAGGUUACUGUUGUUUGUCCUGGACCCGUUGAUACCUCAGAUGGUUCUGGAGCAACAACAUUAGAAAUGAAGGUUUCUUCUGAGAAGCGUGUAUCAUCAGAAAGGUGUGCAGAAUUGACAAUCGUUGCUGCCUCCCACAGUUUAAAAGAAGUUUGGAUAUCAUAUCAGCCUGUACUAGCUGUAAUGUAUCUGGUGCAGUACAUGCCAACCAUCGGCUACUGGCUUAUGGACAAGGUACCUACUUUUUCCCCGAUCCUUCCAUUAAAAUUUGUUUUCUCUUCGAUAUUUCUUGCUGAUUUUUGUUCUCGUGUCCAUGAAAUAUGUUCUACUUCUAU